GCUGUCACUGGUCACAUGACCCGGAAAAUGUGGGGCUUAAUUCCUGUGUUGGACUGCUCGCAGCUGCUGCGUCUUUGCCCUUCGCAGUGCAAGCCCUGCGCCUUCCCCAUCACGACCCCCGACCCCCGGGUUGACUCUCCUCAGCGCACCAUGUCGGACCAAGCUUUUGUGACAUUGGCAACAAAUGACAACUACGCCAAGGGAGCGAUGGUUCUUGGCCAGUCGUUACGAAACCACAACACAACCAAGAAGCUGGUUGCACUCAUCGGACCUCAUGUUGCAGAAGCUUGCAGGGAUGUAUUGCGCUCCAUUUUCGACGAGGUGUGCGUGGUGGACGUGGUGGACUCGGGCGAUGCGGCUCAUCUGGCCCUGAUGAAGCGUCCGGACCUGGGAGUAACAUUCACCAAACUGCACUGCUGGACUCUCACACACUACAGCAAGUGUGUGUUCAUGGACGCAGACACACUGGUGCUGUCAAAUAUAGAUGAACUCUUUGAGAGGGAGGAGCUUUCUGCGGCACCAGAUCCCGGUUGGCCGGAUUGUUUCAACUCCGGGGUUUUCGUCUUCACACCGUCCAAUGAGACGCACGAGAAGUUGCUGACGUUCUGCGGGGAAAACGGCAGCUUUGACGGUGGAGAUCAGGGGGUUCUCAAUAGUUUCUUUAACACCUGGGCGACGGCGGAUAUUUCUAAACACCUUCCCUUCAUCUACAACCUCAGCAGUAUCGCCAUCUACUCCUACCUGCCAGCUUUCAAACAGUACGGCCAUGACGCGAAGGUGGUGCAUUUCCUGGGCCAGUCGAAGCCAUGGCACUGCUCCUAUGACGCUGAGAAGGGCCAGGUCAAAGGUCACUCCCUGUCUUCUGACACUUGCCACCUACACCCGGACUACCUGCUCAUGUGGUGGCAGGUGUACGCCAAAUCCGUGGUGCCUUUGCUGCAGCAGGCCUACGGGGACACGCCGUUCAACAGCGGCUUCGUAGAGGCGAGCGAGAACGGUAAGCUUCAUGAGGAUGUGGGAGAGCAGCCUUCGCACUCAGCUCCUCCUCCUCCUCCUCCUCCUCAGAAGGUUUCAUCAGAGGAGAGGAAGCAGCGCUGGGAAGCGGGCCAGAUCGACUACAUGGGUGAUGACUCCUUCGCCAACAUCGAGCGAAAGCUUGACUCCUUCCUCAAGUAGCAGUCAGGCGAGCGAGCUCCACAGACAGAGGGAGCACCGUCUGAAGCUCUGUGUGGGUGGGAGAUUUAACCACCGCUCAGCCAAUCACAGAGGCUUGAUGAGCGGGUGACUGAAUGAAGGCCUCUGUGCAACUUUCAGCCUCAUACUCUGCAUCCUGUCAUGUGUGUAAAUGACAGAGAGUAUAAGUUUGACACAAUUCCCAUGCACUCAUACCAUUCAUUCUUGAUAUUUUGGGAAAUGUGCUCAUUUGUUUUCUUGCAGAGAAUUAGAUAAGAAGAUCGAUACCACACACGUCUGUAUGGUAAAUAUGAAGCUUAGCUUAGCAUAAAGACAGGAAGCAGGGGAGAACAGCUUGCCCCAAAUUAAACCUCUCAAAACCUGCAACCUCAGACUGUGCACAUUACUCUGUGAUUUGGUCUCAUAGUGCUCCAUGUGAAAACCAUGUUACAUGUGUUUUUUAAUCCAGCUGUGGGUUACAUCUUCAAACAGAUUUAUGUAAUCUCACAGAUGUUUACUAUCUGCUCAGAGUGAUAAAAUGUUUACCCAGGGCAAAACUGGUGUUUAUAUCCAAACGUAUUUACAAUGACAAAGCCGCUCAGCUCUGCACAUGUUCUGUGCUGAGCUGUCGGGCUAUGAUAGACAGAGGCUGUGGGUAUAAAUGUAGCAUUUAAAUGUUGGUUUUGACCCGGGCAAACAUUUUAUAAGUCUGGGAGAACAGUAAACGUGUGAGUUCCUGAAAAUAUCUUUGACGAUAUAAUUCACAGCUGAGAUAAAAAACAAACUGUGCAGCGCUACGGGGCUGAAGCACAAAGUAAAGUAUGGAGUGCUGAGGUUACAAUAUGUCCACCUACUAGCCCCGCUGAACUUCACUAAUUAACAGGUUGUACUUUGUUUAAUUUAUACAAAAACGAAAGUCUAUAAAUUACAAUAUAUAUACUGGAUUAUUUCUUAUCCAGGCGCAGCAACUCCCUCUGAACCUAGCGACUGCUCCAGGCCAAGAAAUAGUCUGGUACAUAAACACUUUAACAGUGAAUUUUAACUUCCACACUUUGGUUUUUGUAUGGAUUAAACAAGGCACAUACAAUUUGUUAAUUAGUGAGCUUCAGAGGUGCUGGUAAGUGGAAUUUUUGCUGUUUCCAGUCUUUCAUGCUAAACUGCAGGUGGUAGCUUCAUAUAUCUUAUCCUCUCAGCCAACUCUUGACAGCAGAGCGAAUAAGCGUGUUCCCAAAAUGUCUAACUAUUCCUUUUUAAGUGUUCUUGUGCAUCUGAUGGAGAUGGAGACAUAGUCCCGAGUCUUCCUAACCUGUGGAAAAUUUCAGCAACAACAGAAACUGAAAAAAUGGCGGGCCAACCCUGUGGCGGCUGAAGGGAAAUCAAUAAGUUUAAAAAGUUGUUUCUGGAUUUUACCACAACACCUGUCCUGCAAUAAACCUUUCUACCUAAAUCACUUUAAACUAAAUAUGCAGCAACUGGCUCACCUCCCUCUCGCAGUCCAUGCUCUCCUUCUCAGCCAGCUACGACAAUCUCACUUUAAUCUUGAGAGUGUUCACCUCACCAGAGUACAUAGAUUAACCUCCCUAUCCGUGCCUCUGACACUCACCAGCUCCCUGUGACUUGUAUUGUAUUAAGGCUAGGCCUGUUGUGUUGUAUUUGCAUGGCACAGAGUUAAAACGUGGGUCAGUACUGAAGUUCUUCCACCCACAUCCUAAAGUGAUGUCGUCAGUUUUGUGUGUAUUUGUGCGGGAUUAAACACUAGUGCACUUCCCCCCCAGACAUCUGUCAUCUGCAUAUGUGCCCUGCAUGUUACGUCCCUGCCAGACCCACAUCAGUGUCUCUUUGUGCCAUGUACUGGGUUUCAUCACUUCCCGUUUGUAGUAUUACCAGCUGCCUUAUUGCCGCUCACUGUUUACAAAACCUAAUUUACUGUAACUGCUGCUAGUAGCACAACAAACUUAACUUUGUCGUGCCUCUCCUUUCCUGUUGCCAAUACCUCCUUUACUUCACUCCAGCUUGUGUGCUCUUAAACUACAAUCUACAAUGCCUAACAAUAACUAAAAUACAAUCCUUACUCCAUCAUACACUUUCCUACAAGAAGCCGACAAGGUUGAGCGAAAAGUCCACAUGUGAUUUUAUUAAUCUUGUUUGCUAAAUCCUGAACAGCAUGAUGGUGGAAGUGGAGCAUAAUGUAGACCUGUUUCCUAGCUGUUAACUGUCCAUCCCUGUUAAAGCGCUAAUAAAGACCUGGUUAAAAACA